AUGGAAACCUCACCAAGAUAUCAAGACAACCAAAACACACGGUCUCUCCUUCCUUCGCCAACAAGCCACAGCAGCAGCAGCAGCAGCAAUAGCAACAGCAACAGCAGCUCCACCACUACCACCACCACAACAAAUAAUGUCGCACUCAACAACAAUAUUAACCACCAUCCACCACUUCCAUCACCCAAACCCAUUUCCAGAUCCGAAUCCACUAACCCAUACCCGACAACUUUUGUCCAAGCUGACACUUCUUCCUUCAAACAAGUAGUCCAGAUGUUGACUGGAUCACCCAAACCCACAUCCACCACCACCACCACCACGACUACUCCCAACACCUCGCAGCCAGACUCAUCACCUAAAACCCACAACAUCCCUCCAAUUAAAUCCAUACCCAAAAGGAACCAAUCUUCUGGGUUCAAGCUUUAUGAACGUAGGAACUCACUCAAGAACCUCAAGAUCAACCCUUUAAAUCCAAUUUUUGCCCAACCCAGUUCAGGUUUUUCUCCAAGGAAGCCAGAGAUUCUCUCUCCAAGCAUUCUUGAUUUUCCUUCUCUUGUUUUAAGCCCGGUUACUCCUUUAAUACCCGACCCGUUUGACCGAUCCGGAUCAGCAAAGUAUGCUAAUUGUUUUAGUCCCAUGAACAACAACAACAACAACAACAGCAACGACGACAGUAACAACGACAAGAAUAACGUUGUUAAUGGCGAUGUAAUGGAUACUGAUGCUGAGGAGAAAGCGAUCAAAGAGAGAGGAUUUUACUUGCACCCGUCACCAGGAUCCACGCCUAGAGAAACGGAGCCCCGAUUGUUGCCUCUAUUUCCUGUUACUUCACCAAGAGUUUCAGGUUCUGCUAAUCCUUCAUCUUGA